AUGUCAUCAACCACGACGAAUCCGCUCGCUUCAUCUGUCGCCUCACUGCGCGAAAGUCUUGCGCAUCUCGAGAGCAGCAUUUCCAUCCUCGCCCACGGCACCGCCGACUUUCCACGCCUCGCCACCGUCCUUUCAAGUACUCGGCACUUUGAAGUGACGCCAUCCACGAAUCUUAGCGCAGCCCAGGCCGCCCUUGCCGCCGACCUAGCACCGGCUGUACAACAGCUUGUUGCGCGCACCGAGACGGCCCUGGCCAAGCGCGAGCGCCAGGUGCAGCAACUACAGGCCCGAAGUGAGCUCCUUGCCGGCCGCCUGAAUUGUGCGCGUGCAAGUAGUGCCGCAGCGCCAGCCUCACCCUCUGACGGGCGUGCUGCUGGGCUGGAGGAGAAGGAGGUGCGGCUCAGAGCACUACGACAGAAAAAAGAGCGAUUGGCCUUUGCCGUCGAGAGAUUAAUGUUGCAGAGCCGUCAGCGCCAGCGACAGCUUCGCCUCAGCGUGGCCGCCACCUAA